CAGCAUCUUAUCACUCGAACUUCACUAUCGACCAAAGUAGACAGAUAAAAACUUCCCGUAGAAUAAUGGCGACUUGGGCCAGGUUAGGCGUUAGUUUGCGGAAUACAGUCAGACGUUUCUGGCCUCUCAGAAACAUAGGGUAUGGUCGUGCUAUUGGAGGGGGUCUUCUGGGCACCGUUUUAGCAAGCGGAUUCAUUCACUUUAAAAAUGAACCGCGAUGGAGACUCUGGCCACACAUCGUGUACGCGGAGGACGCGAAGAAAGAGGAGAUCACAGUAUCACCAGUGUCCAUGAGACGCCUGCGGUUUAACCAGUUUGCCUCCAUGAUCUAUGAAGAGGAGCCAUACAUGACACCCAGAGACUUCCUCCAUUCAGUCCUGAUGGAGAAGGUGGAUUCAAUCUUACAGCGAGAGACCAGUCAACACAAAGACCCUAAAAUGCUGACAUGCAAACUACAGAAAAAGAUGCUGACUAAAGCAGAUGUGGACGAUAUGAUAAGGGUGGCUUCUAGGGCUGAGGCAGGAAAUAACAUGUUCAGAGGAAUCGGAGACAAAGGGCUGAUCUCUUACACAGAGUACCUAUUUCUCCUCACUAUUCUUACAAAACCUGAAACAGGAUUUCAUAUUGCUUUCAAAAUGCUUGAUAUUGAUGGCAAUGAGCAUGUGGACAAGAAGGAAUUUCAGAAGCUGAAGAAAAUAAUUCGACUGAGAAAAGAGCUUCUAAGGCAGGAUGGGACAGAGCUGUCACACAGUGUUGAUGAGGUCAACACUACACUCCAGGUUUUCUUUUUUGGGAAAAAUGGCAAGAAUAAACUCCAUUACAAAGAUUUCUGCAGGUUUAUGGAAGACCUGCAGGCAGAAGUGCAGGAAGUUGAGUUCCUGCGGUUUUCUAACGGGAUGAACACCAUGAGGCGGGAGGACUUUGCUGAGUGGCUGCUUCAUUACACCAAUGAAGAGAACAAUGAGGCAUACUGGGAAAACAUGAGAAAGAGGAUCCCCACUGGACAGAGCAUCACCUUUGAUGAAUUUAAAGAAUUCUGUCUCUUUACCAACCAUCUGGAGGACUUUGCCUUUUCAGUCAAAAUGAUCAAUGAUGCAAACAGGCCAAUAGGAAUGGCUGAGUUUAAGCGAGCAGUGAAGAUAGCGACAGGUCACGACCUUUCAGAGAAUGUUCUGGACACAGUUUUUAAGAUCUUUGACCUGGACGGGGACAACUGUCUGAGCCAUAAGGAGUUCCUUGCUGUGAUGAAAGACAGAGUGCUUCGUGGACUCCGGGUUCAGUUCCAGUACGGUAUUUCUGAUUAUUGGAAAUGUGUGAAAAGAGAGACACUGCAAGGUGCUCAAGAGGCUCUCCGUGAAACCGGCAGCCCUGUCUGACACAGGAAGAGGUCUGCAUUUGAGUGUCACUGGUCAGAUAUGGUGAUACUUGCAAUUCCAUAUAUGUCUGGGGAGGAGAAUGGUACAUAAUUAAUUACAAGCACCAGGGAUUGUUAGUUGUACUGUCAGUAAACUUUUCCUUUAGAAACGUUUACAUGGUCCAAAGAAAAUAUUGCUUUUGAAGCAAUAUGGCUGUUGGCCCAAACCAUAAAAAAGAAAAAUAUUAAUAUAAAAAUAAAUUUCAUGGUUAUAAGCUUUAUUGAAAAUCUGUGAAAUGUUUUUCGGCCUUGAAUUUGUGAAAUGGCCUGUGCACACUCCAACUAGGUUACACUGUCAGUUCAUGAUUUUUUUAUUUUUAUUUUUUUUAUAGAAAACAUGUUUUAAUCAUAUAUAGCCAUAUUUUUUCUUUGGAUGUGGUGUUGUUUACAUAUAAUCUGUAUGUGAAACCUUGCUGUUAUGUAAGUUUGUAACACAUUACCCUGUGGAUAAUCUGCAUGUAAUGCAGAUAUUAUGAAUUAUGCAUUUAUCACCCCAAAUUGCUUUUGGGACUGUUUUUUUACUGACAAGAUGAGCAGUUCCAUUUUUAGGAAGCUCAUUGUAAAUUUUUUAAAAUGAGUUUUGUCAAAUUGUGAUGGUGAAAUACAGGUUUCUUUCUUUAAAUAUAAGACUCCAUGUGGUAUUUGUGAGUACAAUCGGUUUAAUCUGUGGAAUCUUUUUUUUUUUUGGGUAGCUGGUGUAUUGUAUACAUGUUAUUUUCUGGGGCACUUUUCUAUAUUAAAAAUACUACAUUUGUAGUGCUAGAAAAUUCCAGAAUUGCAUUAAUUUUCCAUUAAUAAAAGAAACAGAAAUCA